AUGCAAUUUCUUCUCUCUUGCUCUCCCUCCGCCUUGCUCUCCCUCCGCCUUUCUCUCCCUCCGCCUUUCUCUCCCUCCCUUUCACUACUUUCUUUAGAAUAUGUUUCUUUUUAUCCGAAUAUUCUAUACGCGAAAAGGCCAAUAUAUAUCUUUUUUUUUCAGACUUUCAAAUCUAUCUAUCUAUCUAUCUAUCUAUCUAUCUAUCUAUCUAUUUUAGUUUGUUCAUAUGUAGUAAUGCAUCUAUUUCUCUCACUUUGUUCAUAUCUAUCUAUCUAUCGCAGUCUGUUCAUAUCUAUCUAUCUAUCUAUCUAUCUAUCUAUCUAUCUAUCUAUUUAUCUAUCUAUCUAUCUCAGUUUGUUCAUAUGUAGCAAUGUAUCUAUUUCUCUCACUUUGUUCAUAUCUAUCUAUCUAUCUAUCUAUCUAUCUAUCUCAACAUGCCUAAAAGAGAAUUUGCUGCCUAAAUACACAAAUUUUAAUAUCUAUCUAUCUAUCAAACUAUCUAUCUAUCUAUCUAUCUAUCUAUCUAUUACAGUCUGUUCAUAUCUAUCUAUCUAUCUAUCUAUCUAUCUAUCUAUCUAUCUAUCUAUCUAUCUAUCUAUCUCUAACCCGGGGAACGUGGAACCCGUAGAACCCGGGGAACGUGAAACCCGUAGAACCCGGGGAACGUGGAACCCGUAG